UGUAGCUAGCUUCAUGUAUCUUCUUUGUUGUGAAUAUUUAUGUUGACUUAUUCGUAAACAGAGUAUAACCUUUAUUAUUAUUAUUAUUAUUAUUAUUAUUAUUAUUAUUAUUAUUACUGCACAUGUAUAGAAAUGUCCCGGUUGUUAAGUUUAUCCCGGUGUAAACAGAGCCGAGGCUCUUCCUUCUCCUGCUGGUCUCGGGUUCAGCAGCACAGUCCACAGCAGCACAGUCCACACAGGACCCUGACACUAACACGGAGGAUUUUACACACGAAUAAUGGCGGAAAACGACAUAUUUGGGCAUUAGGCAUCGGGACAGGGGUUCUGUUAGCUUUAGGGCUGAAAUAUCACGUUUAUAAUCGUGAGCGUUGUGAGUGUGAGGAUACAGUAAACUCUUACAGUAACUACAGAACAGCCAAAGAAAUCAGCCGAGACCUCCUUCAGAGGAUAAAGGAUGAAGUUGGAGCCCCUGGCCUGGUCAUUGGAGUUUCUGUAGAUGGUACUCAAGUGUGGAGUGAAGGCAUAGGGUAUGCUGACUUGGAAAACAGAGUGCCUUGUGAUGGGAGCACUGUGAUGAGGAUUGCUAGCAUCAGUAAAUCUCUGACUGCAGCUGCUGUUGCUCGAGUGUGGGAGAAUGGGAAGCUUGAUCUAGAUGCUCCGGUUCAAAAAUAUGUGCCUGAGUUUCCUGACAAACAGUUCGAGGGAAAGAAUAUAACGAUAACCCCACGACUGCUGCUGUCUCACCUGAGUGGUAUCCGUCACUACGAAAAAGACUCCAAGAAAGUGAGGGACGAAAAAGCAAAACGUCUACAGAAACCGCCAGAGAAAAAAGAAGACGAAAAAAGUUCUGACGAGACCGAAGAAAAAUCCACACAACAGAAUAACAAAACAAAAAGCAAAGAUGCAAAGCAUAGUAAAAAGAAGAAAGAGUUUGAGAAGGAGGAGUACUACCUCAAAGACGGCUUUGACAGUGUUAUCCAGGCCUUAGACCUCUUUAAGGAUGAUCCACUUAUUUUCGAGCCAGGCACUACAUUCUUAUACUCUACUCAUGCGUUUACUUUGCUGAGCGCUGUGCUGGAGAGAGCAGCAGGUCAGCGCUUCCUGGACCUCAUGAUGAACAUGUUCCGCGAAUUAGGCAUGCUUAACACCGUGCCAGACGAGAACGACCCCAUUAUCUACAACCGCUCCAGGUAUUACCAUUGGAAUAAAAAGGGGCGCAUUGUGAACUGCCCCUAUGUGGACAACUCUUAUAAGUGGGCUGGAGGAGGAUUUCUGUCCACGGUUGGUGAUCUGCUGCUUUUUGGUAAUGCCAUGCUCUACAGCUAUCAGCUAGUGGACAUGACGGACACAAGCGGCCUCCUGCCAGGCUUCCUCAAACCCGUCACGGCCAAAGCACUAUGGGCUCCUGUGGAUAAAACCGAGGUUUCAUGGGAUAAAGAUGGCCGUUAUGCUCAGGGCUGGGCGGUGGUGGAAAAGCUGCAGAGGUACGGGCAGUGUCGCAUGCGCAGGCACUACGUCUCACACACGGGAGGCGCUGUAGGGGCAAGUAGCGUGUUAUUGGUGUUACCCAGUGAGAGACUGAAGGCUCCAGGACAGAAAGCGACUCCCCCUCAGGGGGUGGUAGUGGCUAUCAUGACAAAUAUGCAGUCUGUAGGACUCUGUAAAACUGCACUGAAGAUUGCACAUGAGUUUGAGAAAGCCAGAGACAGUUAAAGAGGGAGUAUCAGGGUAGGAUUAUAAGUUAUUUACAUCUGUUAUAGAUUUCAUAUCAUAAUGCUGCCUUGUGCACUUUGUUUACAGUGUUAAGCAAUGAAUGAGUGAAGUGUACACACAAUGUAAAUCACACAUUGCCAUUUCUUUGUAUUGUGAGACAUUAAUCUUUUUAUAUGAAUUGUAUAUCAAAUUGUAUAAAUAAUUAAAUGCUAAAUGUUUGUUA